UAUGUUGGCGUCAACAAAUUCGGUAGAACAAAGGGCAGUGUUGUCUCUAUUGCCUCCAAUGAAAAUUGAGUUUAGGAGGGCUUUCCAUCCAUCAGACGGUUUACUUAACCAUUUUGUCAAGAUGAAAUACGAGGACUCUAGUUUCUUUGAUUACGUUCUGGAUAAUUUGGAAUGUAAUAAUGAGGCUAUGCACCUAAUAACUUCUGCUGCACUUAUAGAAGAAGAUUUAGACUCCUGCAACAGUUCGAUUCCAUUAAUGAGUGAAAAAAUUGAUAUGUUUGUUUAUUAUAAGAACAGAGUUAUUUGGCCGAUUCUAAGAGCUUUGGUUAACAGGGGAUGGAAUUUAUCUUUAGGCAAACUUGUUAAAAAACUCGACUUGGACGGUAAAUUCCAGUGGAAUUUUAGCCUACUUAUCAGUACACUACUGUACGCUAUAAAAGUAAAAAAGUCAAAUAUUAUUAAUUAUUUAAUUGAUAAUUAUUCUUUCGAAAUAAGCGAGGACUGCCAAAAGAUUUUAACUAUCUUUCCCUUGAUACUCCACAGUGAUAACGGAGAUAAAAUCCAUAUAUUUAACGGUCUAUUUAAUAAAGUCCGUUCGAAAGCGGAAUCAAUUAACUAUCGGAAUAUUGGCGUAAAAGUCCUCCAAAGUUGUACGGAAGCGGGUAUAAAGCUAGACGAUUUUGUAAUAGUUAUGAACAUAGAAAAAGAUAUUUGGAGUAGAAGUUGGAAAGUUCAAAUUCUUGCUGAGAAUGCUUUCAAACUAUCAAACAGCUCGAUAUUCAUUUAUUUAUUAUCGCAUUGCCCAGAUCUGAUCGAUAUUUACAGACGAGAAGAUUAUUGGUAUUUGAUUAUGCAAAAACCAACUGAAAUGAUAGAUUAUUUGAUAAAACGGGUUCCAGAUAUUCUUAUAUGGUACGAUAAUCUCUUAUCGGGAAAGUACAAUUGUAAAAAAGAUUUUAAAUAUAAACUCUUUACGGAGAAUGAUCUAUCGAAUAUUUUCCGUUGUGAAUCUGUUGUUUGUUUCUUCAAGAAGCGCGAUACCUUUUAUAAAAUAUAUCUGUACUGGCAAAGUGGUCUGGCAGGGAUCAAUCUAACGAAUUUGAGCUUAUACUAUUUCCGUUGUUUACGGACAAUUGUUAAAUUUAUGGAUCUCUAUGGCAUUUCAAUAGAUGAAGCUGGAAAUUAUUUCUGUAAUUGGUAUGUAAGUAACGUAAGGCGUAGUUUAAAGUUCAACUACACUUGCUUAGACCUUGGCUCCUUAGUGCUACCAAUAUUUAUGGAGUACGGAUAUGUAUAUCGAGGAAGUCUACGGCUCGUGUCAUGUAAUCCAUUAACUAGGAAAUUAUUCUGGUUAUUCUCAUCAAGGCCCAUUUGUUUACUAGGACCGCAGGGUGAAGAAAUUUUGGACCCUGAUUUCGGCAUUCAACCCCUGUGGCAUUUAAGUGCCCUAGUAAUUAGACGUUCGAUAAGACGCCCUUUCAAAAGAUCUAUUGAAGCUCUUCAAGUACCAGCCACUAUUAAAUUUCAAAUUCAAUUGGAGCAAGAAUUAAUGAGAAGGAUAGAAGCGAAUCCCGCCAUAUUCUUUCCUAAUUCCAUACGUGACGCCCUACUUUAG